AUUUCAUUCGUUUUGCUGUGCUUCAUCAUCGCCUGCACUCCUCAAACUGUCACUAAAAUAGAAGAGUUUGCUGCUCAGCCAAUCCCAAAGGAAGCACUUGAGUUGACUGGUCAAGCGUUAGUGGACUAUGUAAACCAACGCCAAUCAUUUUUCAAGGCUGAGUAUUCGCCAGAAGUCGCGGAGUAUCGUUUGGGCAAUUUGAUGAAGGCACAUUUUGUCGAGCAACCAAGAGAAGAGGGAUACGAAUUAACAACGGAUCAGCUUAUCGCAAACAAUAGCGAUCUUCCUGAAAAGGUCAUGCUGGGCUGUCUCAGCUGCUUCGGUUAUGUCCGAUCGCCUUUGCAUCCACACAAAUGGAAGAGUGAAGGUUUGGUAUUCGAAAUGAAGGGAACAAAUCCUGGAGAUUCCUAUUUUGACUCCUUUACAAUGCUCUCCGACACCGAUAUCCUAGCAUGCUGUGGGAAGUUCUGCGGAUACGGGUGCGAAGGAGGUUACAAUGGUCGAGCAUGGAAGUGGGCAACCAUCAGUGGUGUGGUCAGCGGAGGACGUUAUGGAGAGAAGGUUACUUCCGUGUCGUUCGUGGAAUUGAUAACUGCUACAUUGAAUCAGGAGUCCUUGCUGGAACAUUCUAAGUAUCAGGAAAUCAUUGAUCAAGAAUUCCUUGCUCAGCCAAUUACAAAAGAAGCGGAAGAGCUGACUGGUGAAGCGCUAGUGAAAUAUGUAAACGAACGCCAGUCAUUUUUCAAGGCCAAAUAUUCACCAGAAGUUGUGAAGAAGCGCAGACAAUUUUUGUUGAAGCCACAAUUCAUUGAGCGUUCCUAUAAUCAGGAAAAUGUGCUCCCAAUAGCGAAUAUGACUUCGAAUGAUGACAUUCCUGAAAGCUUCGACUCUCGGGAAGAAUGGAAGGACUGCCCUUCACUGCGAGUCAUUCCCGACCAAUCAAACUGCGGGUCAUGUUGGGCUGUCUCAGCUGCGCAAUGCAUGUCCGAUCGUCUCUGUAUCCACUCGCAAGGCAGAAAGAAGGUUCUGCUUUCUGCUACAGAUAUUCUUGCAUGCUGCGGGAAAUUCUGCGGAUACGGAGGUUGUAAAUUUAUAUGGAUUCCGAAUGGAUUCAGUUCAUUUUUAGCAAGAACAUGGUACUGGCUACCUAAUGAUGAAAGGACUAUUCAACUAGAAAUCAUGAAAAAAGGGCCUGUACAUGCGACUUUCAACAUCUAUGAAGAUUUCGAGCAUUACAAUGGCGGUGUUUAUAUACACACGGCCGGUCGAAUGGAAGGUGGGCACUCUAUAAAGAUCAUUGGAUGGGGAGUUGACAAAGGAGUGAAGUAUUGGCUGAUUGCCAACUCGUGGAGCACAGACUGGGGAGAGGAUGGAGAAGAAUUCCUUUCUAAAUCAAUUCCUAAGGAAGCUGAAGAGUUGGCAGGUGAAGCACUGGUGGAGUAUGUAAACAAUCAGCAACCGUUUUUCCAGGCUGAGUAUUCUGCACAAGCAGAACAGCGCAUGCAGCAUUUGAUGAGAAUGGAAUUUGACGAAAAACAUGAGCAAAAUGCCGGAUUAUCAAAGGAAGCAGAUCCAGUAAGGAAUGACUUCGACUACGAUAUUCCCGAAAGGUGA